AUGCUCGGAUCCCUGCAUCGCUGUCCCGUGUGUGGCAAGGAAUUCACCAGAAGUGACGCGCGCCAGCGCCAUGAGGCAAUUCACAAGACGCAGCAGUCACCAAGCGUGACUGUGACGCCGCAGAGGCGUACCGAAUCACCAAAAGACCUUGCGGUGUUCUCACCGCAGCCUUCCGAUGCGUUACAUGAAGCUCCCUCGGUUAAAACGCAUAACGAUGAUGGUUCAGCCAGUCUGGGUUCUCUGAAUGUUAGCUCGCUUGCAGAAAAUGAUGUGCAACAUGAGACUGGCAAUAGCUGGAGUCCUAUGAAUUCAUUAAACAUUGGCAUACAAUCGACCCACAUUCUCACGGCUCAGGCUCCGACUGAGCACGCUCGUCAUUGGGCAAAUCAAUCCGUGGAGAACACAUUCGAUGAUGAUCUGCUUCGGUGGAUACGGGAACCAUGUCUAUUCGAGGAUUUUCGCUUUGAUGAAGACAUUAUGGCAGUGCUGCUGGAUACUGGGUCAAUGCCGCCCUUCAAUGCCGCCCCAAUCCUGGCCAUGGAUCUAGAUUACGAUCAAAUGGCAAUUGAUCACAGUAAUCAAAAUCUCGACGUCUCUAUUGAUGGGGGUGGAAUAAUGAGUCGACCAGCAUCCCCUCCAAAUGAAGCGUCUGAAGAAGACAAAUGGCCAUACAAAUGGGACCCUGCAUCUCAAGCGAUUACUGCCGCUAAGCCUAUUGAAUUGCCCGGAAACCACCCCUUGAGACGUGAUCAUGAAAUUCGUUUCGAUAUCUCCCACCAACGGUACCAAAAGGUGACCGCAUUUCUUUUGGAGCCAGCAAGAAGGGGGUUCAACUUUCACUCACUUCAUUUUCCAGACCUGGAGACCACGAAUAUCUUCAUCAGAUUGUUUUUCACGCGUUUUGAAUACCAGAUGCCUGUCAUACAUCGUCCAUCUUUACAAUCAUGUGAUGACUUACCUGAUCCUCUUCUUGCUGCAAUGAUUGCUAUAGGAGCUAUAUACAGCCGCGAACGGCACACCUGCCGCUUCUCAAUCGUGCUCGUUGACAUGGCAAGGUUAAGCUCACAAAUUGCCCUUGAAAUGAACAACAAGCUUAUGAGAGAUCCCAAGUUUGUCUAUGCCUUGACAUUAAUCUGCUAUGCCGGCCUGUGGUGUGGCAACAAACGGCUUUUCGAGCUAUCGGAAAGUCUGAGGGCUGCAGUGGUUACAUAUUGCCGGCAGAUACGUGACAGUGAAUUCAUUCUGGCAAGAGAAGAUCUCAAGAGAUUUGGCAAUAGCAUGGAGGGCCGAUGGCAGGCCUGGAUCCUGAAGGAGUCCAGAAAGAGGCUAUUGUGGAUUAUCUACAGCUUCGACUGUAUGUUUCCAUGUUUGUUGUACCUGCCACCUUCAAUUAGCGUGGCAGAGUUUAUGGCUGUUGAGUGUCCCUGUGACGAGGAAUUCUGGCAUGCCGCAACGGCCAAUCGUUGGAGGUCUUUACUUGGCUCUGCAUCCGUUCCACCGGCAAGAACAUUCGCUUCUGUCGUGAGCCCCUUUAUGGGACCUUUGGACCUGGGAACCGCUCCAUAUAACACGUCUUCAGAUGGAACUCCCGGACAAACCUCCUUUGCCUCUUCAAUAGGUCUCAACUCCUGGACUCGACAUCUUGUUCUCACUACAAUUCUGAUAUAUAUAUACGAUCUAUCACUGCAGAUUUCAAUGAUUUCUCAGGCAAGCCUUGAUACGGAGAUAUGGCAGAUAUCUAGUGAAUCGGAAGCGCAUACUCUUACAGCUUCGACUUCUUCUAUCACCAUCGAACCUGAAAUUAAACCGCAUUAUGCCUAUCUGAUGACGAGGUUUCUAUCAGGUCGUCAUUCAGAAUCUGCCUUGUCACCUCCGGAACAAGAGGUGUGCAUGUCACUUGCGAAGCGCAAAUAUGUUCUAUUAAAAAUGCUCGUCGCUUGGGAGCAAACCUACGCAUUUAUACCGGCCCCCGAUGUGGCUGCAUAUGAAACAUCAAGGCAUUUCCAUAAGAGUGCUCGAGCACAUCUUCGCCUUGCCCAUCUCACUGUCCACGUCCCGAUUCUGGAUCUGCAAAAUGCACUAGGAAAGUCAGGCACACCGGAGAUCUCUCCUGCAAUAAAUAUGAUGCACAGCAUACUUACAAACCACCCUGAGAAUGUUGGAUCUAUACUCACACACAGCCUGGAAGUCAUCCGAGAUCUGCGGGUGCAGCAGACUUUGUCCAUUGGUGAAUCGAAGUCACGAAUGAUAGAGCCCCCUGAGAUCAUCACCUGCUUCCUCAGCGAGGUCUUCGUUUGGGUAGUUGUGAUCUGUGCAGAUUCAACACAGACUGGAUUUUUGAGAGACAAAUUGGAAGAGUUUGGGGCUUCAGAUGGAUUCUUUGCUGUUGUAAAGGAGGCUUUGGCUUGUGAUUCGGACCAACGAUCACACAAGGAUAACAUUUCUCAACCCAACUUGAUCAUGUUUGCCGCUGCAGAUGUGAUUAGCAAGAUGACGCCAUGGAACGCGUCGCUCAACUUAGCUUUGCUCUUAUGUCAUCGGGGGAAGGCCUGUACGACUCGCAAGGAUCAAGGCCAUGCUUAA